CAGUCCGCAGCGUCGCUGUUCUCCUCUUUUCCUAUAGUCCUCCCCCGGAGCUCAGGGGAGCUCGGCGUCGUGUCGGUGAGCUACUCCUAUGAGAGGAGAGUGAGCAGAGCUCAGCGCAGCGCAGCAUAGCUAGCGACGGGAGCAGACGCCGGCCUGCGUCCGUCGCCCUCCGCGUUUGGCUGUUCCGAGCCUCCGAGGCUCAAAGAUCAGAUCAGGACCAUCAGGUUAACUCUGGAGAAAUAUCUAGAAAUUAUCAGGCAUGAUAUGUCCCCAAAUUUCUUUGGCAUGCCUUCUUCCUCUCCUAUGGUUUGCCUCAAUGGCAGAUUCAGCAUACAUGAAAUACAAGGAUCCGAAGCAACCUAUCAACACUAGAAUCAAGGACCUUAUCAGCAGGAUGACUCUUGCAGAAAAAAUUGGCCAAAUGACACAGAUUGAGCGUGGGGUUGCAUCUGCAGAUGUUAUGAAAAAUUACUUCAUAGGUAGCGUAUUGAGUGGUGGUGGAAGCGUUCCUGCUCCCCAGGCUACUCCUGCAAUGUGGGUGAACAUGGUAAAUGAAUUCCAGAGAGGUGCCCUGUCAACACGGCUGGGAAUCCCUAUGAUCUAUGGCAUUGAUGCAGUUCAUGGAAAUAACAAUGUCUACAAUGCCACCCUAUUUCCUCACAACAUUGGGCUUGGAGCUACAAGGGAUCCUGACCUCAUAAGGAGGAUCGGUGAAGCAACUGCUCUUGAAGUACGGGCAACAGGCAUUCCAUAUACUUUCGCUCCAUGUAUUGCAGUUUGCCGAGAUCCACGAUGGGGUCGAUGUUACGAGAGCUACAGUGAAGACCACAGGGUUGUCCAGCAGAUGACAGACAUUAUCCUUGGUCUACAGGGAGAGAUCCCAAUAAAUCAUACCAAGGGAGUUCCUUUUAUUGGUGGGAAGGAUAAAGUUGCUGCCUGUGCUAAGCACUUUGUUGGUGAUGGUGGAACUCAUAAUGGAAUCAAUGAGAACAACACGAUUAUUGAUGAACAUGGGCUUCUAGGCAUUCACAUGCCCCCGUAUUAUGACUCUAUUAUAAAAGGCGUUGCUACUGUUAUGGUUUCAUAUUCAAGCUUGAAUGGUGUUAAAAUGCAUGCCAACCAUGAUCUAGUUACUGGCUACCUGAAAUCCAAACUGCAUUUUAGAGGGUUUGUGAUAUCAGAUUGGCAAGGAAUAGACAGGAUAACGUCACCACGUGAUGCAAACUAUACCUACUCUGUGCAAGCUAGUAUAAAUGCCGGUAUCGAUAUGGUCAUGGUGCCAUUCAAUUACACCUAUUACAUUGAUGUUAUAACAUCUCUUGUUAACAAGGGUAUCAUCAAUAUGAGCAGAAUUGAUGAUGCUGUGAGGCGUAUCCUUCGAGUCAAAUUUACAAUGGGCCUGUUCGAGAACCCUUUAGCUGAUCUUAGCUUUUCAGAUCAGCUUGGAAAGAAGGAGCACAGAGAAUUGGCUAGAGAAGCCGUCAGGAAAUCACUUGUUCUAUUAAAAAAUGGUAACUCUCCCAAUCAACAGUUCCUACCACUUCCAAAGAAAGCUAAAAGUAUCCUUGUAGCUGGAAGCCAUGCUAGCAAUUUGGGCUACCAGUGUGGUGGUUGGUCAAUUCAAUGGAAUGGAGGUAGUGGAGAUAUUACAGUGGGUACAACAAUCCUCGAUGCCAUAAAUUCCACUGUUGCUGAUUCAACACAUGUCGUCUACUCUGAGAACCCUGAUGAGAGCUUUAUGAAAGGCAACGACUUUUCGUUCGCUAUCGUUGUUGUUGGCGAGCUAACAUAUGCUGAAACAUUAGGUGAUAAUGCAGAGCUCACCAUUGAAGACCCCGGUACAGACACAAUCCGAAACGUGUGUUCCACGGUUAAAUGUGUAGUGGUUAUCAUUUCUGGCCGGCCUGUUGUCAUUGAACCAUAUCUUCCAGUGAUGGAAGCACUUGUCGCUGCUUGGCUUCCUGGCACAGAAGGUCAGGGUGUUGCGGAUGUACUGUUUGGGGACUAUGGCUUCACUGGGAAGCUCCCACGCACCUGGUUCAAGUCUGUUGACCAGCUGCCCAUGAAUGUUGGUGACCUACACUACGAUCCCCUCUUCCCUUUUGAUUUUGGUUUGACGAUAAAUUCAUCCCAGCCAGGGUUCUCUGGCGCUGACAGACUGAGAGACAGGAAUGGGAGGAUGGUAUAUGUUGUGCUGAGUUCGCUACUGUCAGCGAUACUGAUUCAUGCUUCGGGCAUUGGUAUAAUUUAACCCUAGUUGCCCUUUCCUCGUCGUAGUAUGGUUCCGCAUCAAGUAUUCCACCAUUACACUUUCUUACUAUGCACUGUACUUGCUAUUGAUUAUUUCUCCAUGGAGAUUCGGAUGGUGAAAUGACUCUCCCUAAAGAUAAGGUGGGUGAGCCAGUAAUUUCACCAUACUAUGUUUGGUUUCAACAUAACCUUUUUUAUCUAGGGUGACAAAGUAUAUGAAAA